AUGGAUGACAUUGUAUUCGGGUCUAUAAUUGAUAACCUUGCUCAAGAAUUUUCGGAAGAAAUGAAGAAGGAAUUUGAAGUGUGCAUGGUGGGGGAGCUAAACUACUUCUUAGGCCUUCAAGUGAAACAACGGAAAGAUGGGAUAUUCAUAUCUCAAGAGAAGUAUGCCAAAAAUCUUGUAAAGAGACUCGGUUUAGACUCCAAGAAACAUGCAACCACUCCAAUGAGUUCCUUAGUAAAACUAAGCUUUGAUCUAGCUAGUGUGGAAGUAGAUCCAACACUCUACAGGGGCAUGAUUAGCAGCCUCCUUUACUUCACUACGAGGCUAAUUGGGACUCUUGUGGCCCCAUCGGACUAUACUGUAUCUGGUAAUGGGAUUCUUGAUGGGCAAGGUACUAGCUUGUGGGCUUGGAAGGCCUCUGGCAAAAGUUGUCCUUUAGGAGCCACGACAUUGGAAUUUACCAACUCAAACAACAUUGUGGUUAGUGGAUUAACUUCCAUAAAUAGCCAGAUGUUUCACAUUGUCAUCAAUGCCUACAAUAAUGUGAAUAUGCAAGGUGUCAAGGUCAAUGCCGUCGGAAAUAGCCCAAACACCAAUGGCAUUCAUGUUGAAUUAUCUUCCAAUGUCACAAUUCUUAACUCUGAUAUCCAAACUGGUGAUGAUUGCAUCUCAAUUAGCCAUGGUACCACUAAUUUAUGGAUUGAAAAUGUAGCAUGUGGACCUGGACAUGGAAUUAGCAUCGGGAGUUUAGGCCAAAACCAGCAUGAGCCUAGUGUCCAAAACAUGAUAGUUAAAUCAGCUAAUUUUACCAAUACACAAAACGGGGUGAGAAUUAAGUCUUGGGCAAGGCCUAGCAAUGAGUUUGCUAGGAAUGUUAUUUUCCAACAUGUCAAUAUGAUGAAUGUCCAUAAUCCCAUUAUAAUUGAUCAAAAUUACUGCCCUUCUGGAGGUUGUCCUUAUCAGGCUUCAGGUGUAAAAAUUAGUAAUGUGACAUAUCAAGAUAUUCAUGGAACUUCAACAACAGAGGUUGCUGUAAAUUUAAAUUGUAGUUCAAGAAACCCAUGCUCCAUAAUAACAAUGGAGAGCAUAAUGCUCACUUGCGAGAAUCAAGUAGCCAAAGCUUCAUGUAACCAUGCGUCUGUCACAUCUUCUGAUAGUAUCCAACCCGUGAUCAAUUGCUUAUAG